UCAGUGGGUGGUCUGUGCAUAAGCUUGCAGAGGUGCACAUCAUCAAGAGUGUUCGAUGCUCGUUCUCGAGCCGGUAAUCGACAUUCUACUGGUCACAGGUAGUCGAUUCACCCACCGACCAAGUAGAAUGGCUUGUGCGUAUGGCAGAGUACUCUAUCGGGGGAGGGGGGAGAUGUUGCUCCCUGUUCGCGAAUCAAGCUCACAUUUCGUCGUGGUCGUCGCUGUCAUUCGUGUCAGUCGGUCGACUAUGUGAUAUCUGCAAGGAAGUUGAACACUGGACUCGAUACAAUCAGCUUUGUAGAGUUAGUUCGGUGGUGCGCAGGUUGGCCGAAACGGAACCACCACUGGGGGAAAGAGAAAAGAAGAGCAAAGGUAGUCGCGCGUCUCUUCAGCUAGCAGAACGGAGCUGCCAUCUCAGCGACUCCUCCACAUGUGGACAUCGCCGUCCCGACUCAGGAUCGGCCGGGCACCCAGGAAAAAGACGACACCUUAAAGCAGAUAGCUGCUCCUCCUGCAGCUACCGCGACUGGUGAACAAU